UAGUAUUUACAUAGUUACGUAAUUUCCUAUAAUUGUAAUUUCCAGAAAAAUAGAAGUGCAUUUUCAUUGAAACAAUAUUCGAUAAUUUUUAGACGAUACAUAGAUGGCACUAUAACAGAGUGUACUAGAUAACAGUUAAUUCGAAGCGUUUUGUUUCGUUCUUAUACGCUAAUUUUUAAGGUUAGGAAUUCAAAUUCUUAAUGUCCUAAGAUUGAACGUUAAAUACUAUAACAUUUAUAUCGAAUUUUAUGUGUUAAAUUAAUUUGAAAAUGAGAUAUUCGAAUAAAGUAAAUAAUAGAGAAAAUAAAAAUAUAUAAUAUAGUAGCAUUAAAAUAGGGCGCCAAUAAUACUUUGUGUGUGUAGUAAUAUAUUAUUUAAAUAUUAAUUGUAUUAAGUUUGCGAAAUGAAUAUUAUAUGUGUCAUAUGUAGUGAUCUAUUAACACCUUCUGAUGAUGUUUUUUAUACACCUUGUGGACACAUUUUUCAUUUUACCUGUGUAACUCAAUGGUUGGAGAGAUCCAAAACCUGUCCACAAUGUAGAGAAAGGACUACAUCAAGUAAAAUUCAUAGAUUGUAUUUUAAUUUUUCUAAUAACGAUACCAUUGUGGAGGAUAAAUGCUCUUUACAAGAUAAAGUUGAUAAAUUAAAUUUUCAGCUGAUGUUAAAAGAAAAGGAUAUUAAACAUGAUUUAGCAAGGAUUGAAAUCUUAGAGAGACAGAAUAGGGAGUUAAAGGAGGAAAUAAAAAAAAUGGAAAUUGAAAUAGCUGGAAAAUAUAAUGCUGUUUAUGCUCUUCAAGAACAAAUUAAAUUACUUAAACAGCAAAGUUUAAAAGCAGAACGUAGAAAAAAAGAAAUAGAGCAAUUGCAAAAGAAAAUUGAGCAUUAUAAAAAUGUACAAAUCAUACUUGAUGGUACUACAGAAGAUGUAGAUGAGAUGAUCUCAAGAACAACUGAACCUGCUACGCUUAUUACAUACAUGUCUGUGAUGAAAAGAGAGAUAACAAUUAGCCAAAAUAAAAGAAGAGAAUUAAGGUCCAAACUAAAAAGUGUACAACAAGAACUUACUAAAGUUUCUAUGGAACGAAAUUUCCUGUCUGAUGAACAUACUAAAAGGAAAACACUUGAAAAUGAAUAUCUUGCUUGUCUAAGUGAAAAAAUGUCUUUACAAAAUAGACUUAGUGAGUUAGAAAAAGAUAUGUCUUCGACACAAAAGCCAAUUAAGUUCAAUUCGAAAACAAAAAAUAUGACAGAGGAUGAUUUAAACAAUGAUUCUAGAAAAGAUAAAAUUGAAUGUAUAAAUAAUACCAUAAAUGAGAAAAAGGAUAUAGGUCAAGAAGAGAAAACUCAAUCUGCUAUUACAAAAAAUGAAACAAAUUCUCCGUAUCUUCCAGUGAAAUCAGGAGGAGUAUUUGCUUUAACACAAAUGUCUCAGAGAUAUACUACAUCAAAAUUAACUUCCUCGAUCUUGGCAAAGAAACCAAGACUCGAGCAAGGAACCAGUAGAAAUGAAAAUAAUAGAAUUACAUUUGAUGGUUUUGGAGGGCAUUCAAAAUAUGAGGAAUUCCCUAAACCUUCUGCUACCAAACUAAAAAUAGUUAAAGAUAUUCCAAAAGUUAAAAAGCCAAAAUUUGAUACAGACUAUCCAAAAAUAGAUUAUUUUCUGGAAAAUUAACAUAAUCAUUGCAUAUUAUUAAUGUUUAUAAAUAGUAUUUAAGAAGAAGAAAAAUAAAGUAUUAUGUGGCAGAUAUAUCUAUGGAAAGAGUGAACAUGUUACAAAUGUAUUGUGGUCAAGUAUGUAUAAAGUAAAAAUUCCUGCAUACAUAAACUAAAGUACACCUCAAAAAAAGAAGAAAGAACAAACAAAUACAAUUCUAUAUAUUAUUAUGUGGGUUUAAUUAUACUGUGUGAAAUUCUAGAAGUCGGUAGUUUCUUAUUAAUUUGUUAUAUCACAUUUGAGUUCUUAGUAAUCAUGUCGGUAAGACGUCGGUAUGCGACAUCACAAAUGUCACGUUUAUUCUAUAUCUGUAUACUGUACUGACAAGAUAUGUUCUGUCAUCUAUGGAAAACAGAAGGAACUGUAACUUGGAGCAUGUCAGGAUAGAUGGCAACACAUGUCUGUCAAUAGACCAGAUAUGCAAUACUGUGUGAUAAGGUAUGUGUUGCCAUCUAUGGAAGACAGAAGGAACUGCAACUUGCAACAUGUCAGGAUAGAUGACAACACAUGGCUGUCCAUAGAUAAGACAUGUAAUACUGUGUGAUAAGACAAGUCCUUUCUGGUGAUAUGUCCAUUCUGUCGACUUACGUGUCAUCUACGAUAAUUUCUAUGUUUGCCUUAGGAAAUCAGUAUUUUAUAAUUUUUGAUACAAAUUUCUAUUUAAUGUCAAGUGCACUCUAUCUUUAAUGAAUGAUUUUGUAUACCUAAUUGAAUUCAAUUUAUCGGUGGCUGAAUGAUGUCAUGACUACAUUAUCGAUAGUGAAAUGUUUAGCUGGUGACCCUGCAUUAGGGGUAUGAGACAAGAAAAAAUUGUAAACAAAAAUUUAGGUUAAUUCCAUUCCACGAAUUUUUAAAUUUUAAAAUUGAUAAUUCUUAUAAAUCUGGUAAUAAAACUACUUAGUUGUUAAAUGUUCAGUGCAUGAAUUAUCUUAAUAGAAAAGAUAUAAACUGUAGCAGCCCUGUUCUCAGAAUAGUUGAAUUCUAAAAUUGGCCGUUCUUCUGAAAUAAUGAAAUACAGAAUGUAUACUGAAAUAAUGAAACAGAAUGCAUACUGAAAUAAUGAAACAAGUUGAAAAAAUGUAUCGUAUAAUGUGGAAAAAUAUUUUCAUUAUAAAUAUGUACAUAGUGUUCAUAGAGGGAACGAUAUUAAAAUUUGUGCAAAUACAAUUUCAUGUCUACCAACUGUAUAACUGUUGAAAAAAUUGAAAGAGACCCCUGUUGGUGUUCAAGCGAACUAACGAUAAUCCGCAGAUCCAUGAUGUGACACCUUUCUCCCUUGGGAGAAUGCCGUCAUGGAAUCCAUGUCUUUCCCCAGCGGAAUUUCGCUGUUGUCGCCAUAGCUAUGUUCCGGAAUUCGUGUCUCUCCGUGUCCUCCUGUGGGAGGAAGGUGUCGUGUCCCUAGGCGCAUGAAUUACCAGUAGAUGCCAGUAGUUCACUGUGGUCCAUGGCGUGGGAAACCAAGAGGAAAGGUGGGGAUGGCGAGCGGCCAAUUACCAAGGCAAUACACGCCGUAUGCAAAUCCAUAUAUCUAUACUACUGUAUAUAUAAAAGUCAAAAUAUGUAUACAUAUAUGUUAACGAAUUCUAUACCGUUCAACGCAAUUUCACAAAAUUUGGCAUGAAUAUUCUUCGACAUCUCAGAAAAAAUAUUGUGGAGAUUUUUCCACCCCCAACCACUCUACAAACCCACCCCCUCUUAACUUAAGCUCGACCAAUCUUAAGUGAAGUAGAACAAUAAUUUUUAACAAUUUUAUAGGACAAUAUUUUUAUUUUAAGUUUGGGUAUUUUUUGAAUAGAUUAAACAAUUAUCAUGGAGAUUAAAAUAAAACGAGAAGCGAAUGUGUAAAAUGAAAUUUGAGCAGCUAAAGAUUCGAAGAAAAAUAUAAACAUUUAAAAAAUUAUUUUUACGAAGAUUUCGGGGACUAUUAUUAUUUGAUGAAAUAAAAGGAACGAGCGAAGAAAGAAAAGAAGGAGUAAUACAGUUUUGAGUUUCUUGGCUUGACAGUUAUUAUAUAUUUUAUCCAUUUAUCCAAUUAUAACUUACGAAUGUUGUUUGCACUCGAUAGAAGGAUCGUAAUAGCAACAAAUCGAAACGCCGGGCACACGCAACUAGUAUUUAAUAUAAAAUUAAUUUGGCAUAUUAAUAAUAAUAUAUAAUCGAUUAUUUCAAUACUUCUGUUAAAAAAUUCUGUUAAAUAUCUCGUUAUUUCUACCUUCAUCUUCGCAUUAGUUUUAAACUUUACCAAUAAAACGACAGUCGAGUCUCGUCCCAACUAUCACGAGUCUGUGUAUAUUUAGAAGCAAACCUUUCGUCGAUAAAACAGUUAGAAAUGAAAAAACUAUAAGUGAUUUCCUCCUAUCAUAAAAUAACGUAUAAAAGUCAGAAAAAAAUGAAAAGUUGGUUAGUACAAAGAGAAAGCUAGAAAAACAAUGGAAACGCGUCAGAAUUAAUCAUAUUGAAAGAUUCAUGGUUUGAAAAGAGCUGUAAGAAUAGCAAUUGUGGAUUGUGGAAUGGCAAUGUACCGAGCUGACAAAUAUUUACGCCGAUACUCUAUUUACAUUCGAUGGUUUAUUCAAGGUUUCGUACCGUAAGAACGAAUGCAUCGCCUCUUUCAUUUUUUUUUCUUUUUUUUCCUUUUUUUUUCUUUUCUUUUUUUUUUAUAUUAGUAAUUCCGUUUACUGUACUUCAGUCGAUGACCUUGACUUGCGACGUAUUUAUGCGACCGUAAUUUCUGAACGUACGAGUAAUAAUAUAUCGAUUUGUAAUUAUCGAAUCACCUGUUGAUAAAACCCUACGUAGAUGUCAUUUUGUCAGGGUUCACGAUGUAACCGGGCAAAUAAAAGGGAAAUUACGAUCAGAGUAAAUGUUAACGCAAUUACGUUAAUAUUCGAACACUUCCUAUAUUAGUUGUUUCGUGUAGGAAGGAAUGAUCUAAAAAAUAUAGUGUCUAAAAGAUAUUCUACUAGAAUAUCAACUAUUUACUAUUUACUGUAGCUUGAAAAUAUUUAAACAAUUUCUUCCUAACAAUAACCGUUUAAUCUUAUAGUGGACUUUUAACAGAACAAUUGUCUCAUUUUCACGCGUCAUGCUGAUACCUGUGAAAAAAAGAAAAAUUAUAUUGGUAUCGCUCCGUUAAUUAUAAAAAUAAUUCGAGUGACCGAGUAGCACAUAUUAGCACGUCUUGCGUCGGUGACGUAAAAAUACGUCACUUUCGUGUUACCGUUUAACCGUCGCAUCGGUUCUGUAACUGUACUUUAACAACUGUGAUAUCUAAUAAUAACUAUCCUGCGCAGUUCA